AUGGCAGCAAUGUCUGGGAAGAUUGUUGAAAAUGUAAUUGUAGCAAAGAAUAGGCAGUUGAGGACCAAUGAAUACUACUACCAAAGGGACUGUUGUUCUGCGGCGGCCCCUUAUAGCCACCGCAACUUGCUUCCCUUUCAUGGAGGGAAAAAGUUAUUGGCAUGGAGGAGUGGCAUAUCUUCCAUGCAUUUACCAAAAUACCAGACUGCUUUUGUUAACCGACCAACUGUUUAUUGCAAUGCUGCUCUAUCUACGACUGCGGAGCCAUAUCUUGACAAGGUUGAUUUUAUGAAGCUUCAAAAUGGCAGUGAUAUUCGAGGUGUGGCUGUUGCUGGUGUCGAGGGAGAACCGGUUACCCUCACUGAACCAGUUACUGAAGCAAUAGCAGCAGCCUUUUCUGCGUGGUUAUCGGAAAAGAAAAAAGCUGAUGCAUCCAAACCUUUGAAGGUGUCUGUUGGUCAUGAUUCCCGCAUAUCUGCACAGGUGUUGCAGGAUGCUGUUUCUCGAGGUAUUGCUGGCGCAGGCCUGGAUGUUGUUCAGUAUGGGUGGGUUUACGAUUCCCCAUCUUGUCAUCUUCCUUACAACAGAAAUGGGCUCAAAUUCUUCACAAAUGCUGGAGGGCUUGGGAAAGCUGACAUUAAAAACAUUUUAGAGCGCGCUGGGGACAUAUAUAAUAGCUUUACAGAUGAAGGUUUCCUGAAGUCAAAAAGACAAGCUUCUGAAUCCAUAAAACAAGUUGAUUACAUGACCGUGUAUACAUCUGGUCUUGUGAAGGCAGUCCGCAACGCUGCAGGAAAUAGAGAGAAGCCAUUGGAGGGAUUCCAUAUUGUUGUUGAUGCUGGAAAUGGAGCAGGAGGAUUUUUUGCUGAACAAGUUCUUCAGCCUCUGGGAGCUAUCACUUCUGGUAGCCAGUUCUUGGAACCAGAUGGUUUGUUUCCAAAUCAUAUUCCCAAUCCAGAGGACAAGACAGCAAUGAAGGCUAUCACCCAGGCAGUCCUUCAGAACAAGGCGGACUUGGGGAUCAUAUUUGAUACUGAUGUUGACAGAUCUGCUGCUGUGGAUUCCACUGGUCGUGAGUUCAACCGGAAUCGUCUGAUUGCCUUGAUGUCUGCCAUUGUUCUAGAGGAACAUCCAGGGACAACUAUUGUUACAGACAGUGUGACUUCCGAUGGCCUUACUACAUUUAUUGAAAAGAAACUUGGUAUGCAGAAAACCAUAAUGGCACAUUGUUUAUUCGCUGUAUUUGAAUGUGCUUAUAACGUGCCAGUCUUUUUUAGGGGGAAGCACCAUCGAUUCAAAAGAGGCUAUAAAAAUGUUAUCGAUGAGGCUGUUCGUUUGAACUCUGUUGGUGAGGAAUCACAUCUGGCUAUUGAAACCAGUGGCCAUGGAGCUCUCAAGGAAAACCACUGGCUUGAUGAUGGAGCAUACCUCAUGGUUAAAGUUUUAAAUAAACUGGCUUCAGCCAGAGCUUCUGGUAAUGCUGGGGGCAGCAAAGUUUUGACUGAUCUGGUAGAGGGUCUGCAGGAACCAGAAGUUGCUGUGGAAUUGAGACUGAAAAUUGAUCAGAAUCAUCCAGAUCUUAAAGGAGGAUCUUUCCGAGAAUAUGGAGAGGCAGUGCUGAAACAUUUGGAGAACCAUGUAAAGUCAGAUACAAAGCUUCAGAAAGCUCCUGUUAAUUAUGAAGGGGUUCGAGUUUCUGGUUUUGGUGGGUGGUUCCUUCUUAGACUCUCACUUCAUGAUCCUGUUCUUCCCCUCAACAUCGAGGCAUCUAGCCAUGAAAAUGCUGUGAAACUUGGACUUGCUGUUGCUUCUGCUGUCAAUGAGUUCCAUGCUUUGGAUACGUCUGCCUUGGAUAAAUUUGUCCAAUCAUCAUGA